GUUGGCCUCACUCGUCACUACAGCCUUGGAGUCAUGAUGCCUGGAACGAGCACAGAUGCUCAGGAUACCUCCGGGCUCACGCCUGAUAGCUUCAAGGACAUCUUGAAGAAGUUGGUUCAGACACCGAAUGAGUUCACGCCUGAGGAUUGCGCGCUGGCGUUUAAACACUUAUGUCUGAAAGAUGGUGCAUCUGAGGCACAGGCGGGUGCUUUUCUCACCGCGUUGACUCUCUCGGGUAUGGAGUCUUCCCCUGAGGUGGUCGCGGCGUGUGCUGCCGUACUCCGGGAUCACGCGAUCAAGGUCACCUCGGAACAAUUGAAUGGAGGAUCGAGUUCGACAGCCAAGACGGGACAUUGGGAUUACUCUGAUUCAGACAAGGAAGGGGACAACUACACCGGAUACUGCGAUAUAGUCGGUACGGGAGGAGACGGUUGGGAUACAUUCAACGUAUCUACAACAGCUGCUGUUGUUGCAGCUGGUGCAGGCGUCCGAAUGACGAAACACGGUUCGAAAGCCGCUACGUCAACAUCAGGUUCAGCCGAUCUCCUACUCUCUCUCGAUUGUCGCUUGAGUUUCCCACCCUCCGCGCUCAGUACUUUCUUGCCUUCCUCGCCCUUCCUUUUCCUCUUUGCACCUCAUUAUCAUCCUGCCCUUGCGCAUAUAGCUCCGAUUCGAAGACAACUCAAUUUCAGGACCAUUUUCAACAUUCUUGGACCGCUCAUUAACCCUGUGAGACCCGCUAGAAUGAUGUUGGGUGUGGCGAGAAAGGAUCUCGGUGAUACUUUUGCGAGAGUACUUCAGCUCUUGAAUGUGGAGAGGGCUUUGGUGGUGUGUGGGAAGGAGAAUCUCGAUGAAAUCAGUCCUGCUGGGGAGACCUGGACAUGGCUCCUGGAGAAUGGCGAAAUCACAAAGGGCUCAAUUCACCCGACGGAAGAUUUUGGCCUCGCGAUACAUCCCCUGUCUUCUGUCCGGGGUGCCACACCCGAUCUCAACGCCUUGACUUUCCAAACCAUAUUAGCGAAUUCAGCUACACCACCCGCCCACCUCUCAUCUCCUCCGUCCGACGACUCGCCAUCCCUACAAUCUAUUCUCGAUUAUGUUCUCCUGAACGCCGCCGCUCUCCUAUUUGUCUCUGGUCGAGCUAGCUCUUACAAGGACGGCGUGAAGAUAGCCAGGGAAAGUAUCGCUUCUGGGGGAGCUAGAGCUGCGUUUGAAGCGUUUAGAGAUACGAGCCGAUUGGCCAUGGGCGAAUACGUCGAUGUCAAGACGGUCGAGGACGAUGGUGGUGUCGCUGCGAAGAAUGGAUUCGUCAAGGCUUGGUUGAAGGCUAGAAAGGAGAGAGACGAGUCCACUCCAGGCACUCCGGUCCCGGAGCUGACAUUAACAUAGAAUGAGUGAAUAUAGAG